GUGUUUCAGAGUCAGUCAGAGUGUUUCAGAGUCUGUCAGAGUGUUUCAGAGUCAGUCAGAGUGAUGAUGAAGACGAUGAUGAAGUUGAUGAAGAUGUCGGAGCUGCUCCUCAUCCUCUCCUGUGUCCUCUGUGUCUCCUUCUGUGAAGACGAUCAUCAGGAUCUUAAUAUCUUCGGAUGUUCAGACUCUGAUGGAGAGUUCAUGUACACACUGGAUGGAGAAGAGGUGUACUACGCAGACUUCAACAAAGGGGAAGGAGUUUACCCUCAGCCUCCCUUCAUUAAUCAUAUCAGCUAUGGGGAAGGAGCUUAUGAACAAGCUCUGACUCUGCAACAGAUCUGCAAAGCUAACCUGAAGAACAGUCGUAUUGGAAUGAAGGACAUCCCAGUGGAAUCUGAUCCUCCUUCCGGUCACACCCUCUACUCCACAGACGAGGUGGAGCUCGGAGUCCAGAACACACUGAUCUGUCAUGUGACCGGUUUCUAUCCUGCUCCUGUUAAAGUCGAGUGGACCAAGAACGGAAAGACCGUGACCGAAGGAACCAGCAUCAAUGUUCCUUACCCCAACAAAGACCGUUCCUUCAGCCAGUCCUCCAGACUGGUGUUCACCCCACAGCAGGGAGACAUGUACAGCUGUUCAGUGUCACACCCAUCACUGAGCAAACCACUGACCAGGAUCUGGGAUGUGGAGGUGCAGCAGCCAGGUGUUGGACCUGCAGUGUUUUGUGGACUGGGUCUGACUAUCGGUCUGCUCGGUGUGGCAGCUGGAACCUUCUUCCUCAUCAAAGGAAAUGAGUGCAGCUAUCCUCCUUCCGGUCACACCCUCUACUCCAGAGACGAGGUGGAGCUCGGAGUCCAGAACACACUGAUCUGUCAUGUGACCGGUUUCUUUCCUGCUCCUGUUAAAGUCUACUGGACCAAGAACGGAAAGACCGUGACCGAAGGAACCAGCAUCAAUAUUCCUUACCCCAACAAAGACCGUUCCUUCAGCCAGUCCUCCAGACUGGUGUUCACCCCACAGCAGGGAGACAUGUACAGCUGUUCAGUGUCACACCCAUCACUGAGCCAACCACUGACCAGGAUCUGGGAUGUGGAGGUGCAGCAGCCAGGUGUUGGACCUGCAGUGUUUUGUGGACUGGGUGUGACUAUCGGUCUGCUCGGUGUGGCAGCUGGAACCUUCUUCCUCAUCAAAGGAAACGAGUGCAGCUGAUUGGCUGUGGCUGAUGGUGUUAAUAAUUAAUGAGUAUAAACUAAUCAGUUAUUGGUAGAA